AUGUCAGCAACCGAGACGGAGAUGGCAGCACCUAACCGCCCCCCGCCCCCGCCAAAGAAACCCCUCGCCUCCGCCCAGUGGAGAAAGCAGAAGGCUACAUUUUACGGACACAUAAGGACGGAGCCGACGCCUGUACGUAGUCCUCACCGCUCCAGCGACUACCAACGAACGCGAGAAGCCAUUACAACAGAAAACCUCGCUGAAGUGGUG